AUGGUCCAGCUAGAAGAAGUCGAAGAUGACGAGCUGAACCAGCAGCAACCCGGCCCGAACAAGGAGGAAGAAGAUGAAUGGGACACCGACACAGAAUCAGAAGUCUCCGACGUAGACGUAGACGACGACCUCGACGAGACCCUCCUCGACCGGCUAGCAGCCCUCAAAGACAUCGUGCCCCCAACCUACCGCAAGCAGCUCUCCAACGUGACAUCGACCGGCUACAGCUGGGCGGCGAAAGCCAUGAACAUGAGCGGCAAGACGUUGUGGGUGGUGAGCACGAGCGCGCUGCUGUUGGGUGUGCCGUGGGCGCUGGCUUUUAGCGAGGAGCAGCAGGUUCAGGAGAUGGAGCGGGAGAUGCGGAUGCAGCAGAAUGCGAAUGAGCUGCUCACGCAAGGCUCUUCGGGGCAGAGUAAUGCGAAGCCGGCGAUUUGA